AUGUCCGGUUUGUGCAAGGAUAUGGAUUUCCAAAAAUGGGCGCUUGACGUGUACCUUCUCGACAAGUACGGCAUCGAGAUGCGGACCAACCCCACGCUGUCGAGAGCCUCGGACGCAUCCUUUCAACUCAACACCAAGCACCUCAUCACGCAACUUCGGGCAGAGGUAAACUUACACAAGGAGGAGGGUGGGAAAAAAGAAAUCAAGAUCAAGGGCCUCGAGCAGAAGGUCGAGUCAUUGGAGCGAGAGAAGGCCGCGAUGCAAGCGGAGUUGGAGGCGAAGGCAGAAGCACUCGCGCUACUGCAGAAAGCGUUCGACGCACUGAAGAUUACUGCCGCGACAACCGCAGCUGCGAAUGUAGGGGGGAGCGAGAGUGUGCCGCAGACGGCGACCGAAGAAACCACCCCGCCAUCACAGCAGCCCCCUCAAUCAACACCCACUCAACAGAGCAAGGGCAGCCAGCUCGACCAAACAUUCUUCGACGCAGUGGUGUGGCCGUGGUGCACUUGCGAGACCGUGCGGCAGGCGUGGUCGUACUGGGACGAGCCCAGCCCGCUGAACAACGGACACAGUCUUCGACACGCUUACAAGAGGGGUUUCGCCGUCAAGUUCAGCAAGUUCACUCCGACUCCUCCCACCGUUCCCCCCGGUGCGGUGGACCAGCCAAAAGAAAAGCCACCGACCCCAAAAGCUGUCGAGUGGAGAUUGCGGAAGAUGGAGGUUGUCAUGAGGGCCGUCGAGAUGUUCAGGGUCGAUGAUAGCAGGGCGGCUACGUCGACGAUCAUUGAUAAGCUUGACUCAAUAGUCACGAACCACUCGAUCAACAUGCUGGCUGAAGGGCUCGUUCUCAAAGAGGAUUCGGGGAAGCAGCUCACGAAGAAGCGCAAAAUCGAGACAGCAGAAGACAACCGAAAGGACAAAGAUCGCCUCAGGAUCACGCGGGAGCUCAUUCGCGUCGAGCUUCGAACCACGAAAUGGGUCGAGAACGUGUUCAAAGACAAAUGGAAAGAGUUCAUGAAAACAUGGGGCGAGAGCCCAAGUUCGACAGGCAAUCAUGACGAGGGGCGAAACUAG